AUGUCUUCCUCAUUAUCAACAUUUAUUCAAGUGCCUCCAAAUUCUGAUUUUACAAUUUACAAUUUGCCUUAUGGAGUUUUCUCUACCUCUGAAAAUCAAAAGAAAAGAAUUGGUGUGGCUAUUGGAGAUGAAAUUUUGGAUUUGUCUGCGAUUUUGCAUUUAUUUGAUGGUCCUUUGCUGUCUAAAAAUUUGAAUGUUUUUAAAGAGGUGUUUAAUUUUAUUUUCCGGAAGGUUGUGUAUUCCGGGAAUAAUUUUUAUAUUUUCCGGAAGAGAAUAAUUAUUUGUAUUUUCCGGAAAUAUAGUUUCCGGAAGGUUUUGUAUUUUUUUUAA